AUGAGUAAUUCAAGUUUUGAAGAAAUAAUUGAACAUCAAUAUAAUUUAAAAACGGAAUAUUAUUUGGGAAGUCAAUAUGUUAGAAACCGAACAUGCUAUAAAACUUUAACAUGUAAUUUUGGAUUAUUAUGUCUUGAUUGGAGAAACAUAUGUGAUGGUGAACAGCAAUGUUUUGAUGGUUUGGAUGAAAAUAAUUGUGAAUUAUUAGAAUAUAAUGAAUGCCAACCUAAUGAAUAUCGAUGUGAAAAUGGACAAUAUAUUGAUGAAGAAUUCUUUUUAGAUGGUGAUAUAGAUUGUAUGGAUCGUUCUGAUGAACAAUACAAAAUCUUAUCACAAUUUCAUAUUGUAUUUACAACUUGUGGAUUUAAACCGGAUUUUAAUUGUGAUGAAUUAUUAUUUCCAAGAAAAGACUUCUCUUGUGGUGAUGGUGGACUCUACCCAGAUAGAGUUAUAUUCCAUAGAGAGUUACUUGACGCUGAUGGAAACGUUGAUUUUGAAGUAAAUGAUGAUGAACCAUUUUUAACAAAUGGUGCAUAUUUUGCUCCCGUAAAUUGUUCAUCAAUUCAAAAACAUCGUUUUCGUUGUUCAAUAGAAGAACCAUCAUGUUUUUUAAGUUCAAAUAUUGGAUAUUCUAUUCGACAUUGUAUCACAAAUAAUCGUGAUGAAUAUUCUGUUGAAAUGGAAUUAAAAUUAUCAAAUAGUCUAUGCACAGUUAAAAAUUCUGUUGAAUGUACAUUAGCGAAAAAAUAUAUCGAGCAAUCAUCAUCGCUUAUUUCAUUAACAAACACAACAGAUAAUAAUACAAAUAUAAAUUUGGCAUUAUUAUUUUCUAAAUCAAUGUUAUUUAGUCAAUAUUGUGAUACAUUUUGGAAUUUAAUAUUAGGUUUUGAUGAAACAUCAUAUUUAUGCAAAGAAUGGAUUUGUCCAAAUUGUAGUGAUGGAAGCGAUGAAGAAGAUUUAUUAUCAAUAAUUAAACUUUCACAACAUAAUUCCAAAAUAAUAAAUUUGGAUAAAUUAAAAUUACAAUGCCUACAAGAACAUUAUAUUCGUUCAUUCUCCAAUAUUUGUACUAUUUUUGAAUAUCCAUGUAUAUUAGCCAAUGUUAAAGAUCCAUUUAAUUUUACUGAAAAUCGACCAUGUAUAAAUGUUAGUAAAAUAGGUGAUGGAAAAUCUGAUUGUUAUGAUGGAUUAGAUGAACGAAACGUUCGUAGUUGUUCUGUACAACGAAUGUUAGGUUUUGAAUUUGAAUGUCAAGCUGAAAAACCUGAAGAUAUUGCUGAUAGUCAUUGCAUUCCAUAUGGUGAUCAAUGUAGUCUUCACUGUUUAAUUGGUGAAGACAAGACAUUAUGUUUUUAUUUAAAAAAUAAUUCUAGAAUUCGUUGUGAUGGUUCAAUGGUUAUGAAAAUAGAAUCGUACAAAGAUGUUCAUUGUCUCGAUGGUACAUGCAUACCAAAUUCAAGAUGUAAUGGAAUUUCUGAAUGUUUCUAUGGUGAAGAUGAAUACUAUUGUAGUAAAGAAUCAGCAAUAUUUACAAAAUAUCGAGGACCAAGAACAUUAUCUCGAAAUCGUCUUUAUCAAAUACGCUUUGAAGCAUUUGAACUAAAUAUGAAUACCACUAUUCGAUUAUUAGCUAUUUGGAAAUAUCCAAUUGAUUUUGAUUUUCUUCCAUCAUUUCAUAUAGCAAAAAUAUUAAAAUUUCAACAAAAACAAGAACAACAAACUCACCAUAUUUGUGAAAUAAAUCCCUGUCAAAAUAAUGGUACUUGUUAUCCUAUAAUGAACAACAAUGAUUCAACUAUGUAUUUUUGUUAUUGUGUCAAUAAUUCAUAUGAAAAAAAUUGUGAACAUAUUGAUGAUUCUAGUUGUUCAAUAUGCUCAUCGAAUUCUUUAUGUCGACCACAUUAUCAUAAUACUGCUGAUCCAUUAUGUUUGUGCCCAAUAAAUUGUUUUGGUCCAACAUGUCAUUUAGAAAGAAAAUGUAAUAUGUUUAAUAAUAAGAAUCCCUGUUUAAAUGGUGGAUCAUGUUCUGUCAAAUAUGAUCAAGAUGCUUUAAUAAAAGAUUAUGUUUGCAUUUGUCAACCCAUGUAUUAUGGUGACCAUUGUCAAUAUCUGCCUAGCCGAAUUAAUAUACUAUAUUUGAUCAAUGAUAUUAAUCUUCAUUCGACUCUUGCAUCUGUCAUUCAACUUUAUAAUUAUGAUUCUCUAACAUUAGAUUUGAUUUUAGAACAACAACAAGUUUAUGAAGGUCAACCAACGUAUUCAAAUAUUAUCUAUGCUGGACAAUUGUUACCAAGUCUUGGUUUCCUUAAAGUAUAUUAUCAUGAUAAAUAA